AUGGUGACGGAUGUUUCAGAGGCCUUCGAAGCAAAAACAAAUAGGCCUGACUCAUCGUACUGGCUGUACAUCACAUCCACCAUGUGUCUGUCUCUGGAGUUUGCUGCGCCCCCGCCCCUGUUGUUCAGAAAGUUGAGUAAUCCUGACUUGUCCCCCGCCGCCAACAAGACCAAACUACACCGACAGCUCAGCCAGGAUGAUGGCCGCACACGCCGUAGCAGUAUGGCUAUGACCGGUAAGCAGCAGCUUCUUCCCCUGUCCAGCAGUAUGCACGGUCGGGUGAGUCAGCUAGCCUGGCAUCUUCCUGUAGAACCCCCUAACAACCUGGUCCGCAUGAGGAACCAGUCCCUGGGCCAGUCUGCACCGUCACUCACUGCAGGACUGAAGGAGCUCAGUCUUCCGAGGAGGGGGAGUUUCUGUCGGACCAGCAAUAGGAAGAGCCUGAUUGUGACAUCCAGCACCUCUCCUACACUACCCAGACCACACUCACCACUACAUGGACACCCAGGGAGCAGCCCUCUGGACAGCCCCAGAAACUUCUCCCCCAACACGGCAGCACACUUCUCCUUCGUUCCAGCUCGCAGUCAUGGGCACAGGGCUGACAGGACGGAUGGCAGGCGCUGGUCUCUGGCAUCACUGCCCUCCUCUGGAUAUGGCACCAACACACCCAGCUCCACUGUCUCGUCAUCCUGUUCAUCCCAGGAGAAGCUGCACCAGCUGCCCUUCCAGCCCACGGCGGACGAGCUGCACUUCCUCACCAAGCACUUCAGCUCCGAGAGCAUCACCGACGAGGAGGGACGACACUCGUCCAUGCGCCCCCGCUCACGUAGCCUCAGCCCUGGUCGCUCACCCAUUUCCUUUGACCAUGAGAUCGUCAUGAUGAACCAUGUCUACAAGGAGCGCUUUCCCAAGGCCACGGCUCAGAUGGAGGACCGUCUGGCUGACUUCCUAUCAUCCUCGGCCCCUGACAAGGUGAUGCCCCUGGCCGACGGGGUCCUCAGCUUCAUCCACCACCAGGUCAUAGAGCUGUCCAGAGACUGCCUGGAUAAAAGCCGCGAGGGCUGCAUCACCUCACGCUACUUUUACGAGCUGCAGGAGAACCUGGAGAAACUGCUACAAGACGCUCACGAGCGCUCUGAGAGUGUGGAAGUCACAUUUGUGACCCAGCUGGUGAGGAAGCUGAUGAUCGUCAUCGCUCGGCCGGCACGCCUGCUGGAAUGUCUGGAGUUUGACCCGGAGGAGUUCUACCACCUGUUGGAGGCAGCAGAGGGCCAUGCCAAGGAGGGCCAGGGCAUCAAGUCAGACAUCCCCCGCUACAUCAUCAGCCAGCUGGGUCUCACCAGGGAUCCCCUGGAGGAGAUGGCCCAGCUGACCAGCUACGACAGUGGGAACCCCGACACGCCAGAGACAGACGACUCUGUGGAUAGUCGAGGAGCCACGGUACCUGUUGUAGCUCCCCCUAAAACCAAGGCCCCACGGGAGGAGGACUUUGAGAACAUCAAGCUCAUUAGCAACGGGGCUUACGGGGCCGUGUUUCUGGUGCGUCACAAGGAGACGCGUCAGCGUUUUGCCAUGAAGAAGAUCAACAAGCAGAACCUAAUCCUAAGGAACCAGAUCCAGCAGGCCUUUGUAGAGAGAGACAUCCUGACCUUUGCUGAGAACCCCUUCGUGGUCUCCAUGUUCUGCUCCUUCGAGACACGCAGACACCUCUGCAUGGUCAUGGAGUAUGUGGAGGGUGGUGACUGUGCCACCCUGCUGAAGAACAUUGGGGCUCUGCCUGUGGACAUGGCACGCAUGUACUUCGCUGAGACCGUGCUGGCACUGGAGUACCUCCACAACUAUGGCAUCGUACACAGAGACCUCAAACCGGACAAUCUUCUGAUCACUUCGAUGGGCCACAUCAAGCUGACAGACUUUGGCCUGUCUAAGAUCGGUCUGAUGAGCCUCACCACUAACCUGUAUGAAGGACACAUAGAGAAAGAUACCAGGGAGUUCCUGGAUAAACAGGUGUGUGGUACACCAGAGUACAUCGCCCCAGAGGUGAUCCUGAGACAGGGCUAUGGGAAGCCAGUAGACUGGUGGGCCAUGGGGGUCAUCCUCUACGAGUUCCUGGUGGGCUGUGCCCCUUUCUUUGGAGACACGCCAGAGGAGCUCUUUGGACAGGUCAUCAGUGAUGAGAUCAUAUGGCCAGAGGAGGAGGAGGCUCUUCCUAACGAUGCCCAGGACCUCAUCUGUAAACUCCUCAGACAGAACCCUCUGGAGAGGCUGGGUACAGGCAGUGCAUUCGAGGUGAAGCAACACCGGUUCUUCUACGACCUGGACUGGAACAGUCUGCUGAGACAGAAGGCAGAGUUCAUCCCUCAGCUGGAGUCAGAGGAAGACACCAGCUACUUUGACACCCGUUCAGACAGGUACCACCACAUGGACUCUGAAGAUGAGGACGACACUAACGAUGACGAUCACGUAGAGAUGCGCCAGUUCUCCUCCUGCUCGCCCCGCUUCAGCAAGGUGUACAGCAGUAUGGAGCGUCUGUCCCUCCAUGAGGAGAAGCGGGCCCCCCCGCCCACCAAGCGCAGCCUCAGUGAGGAGGGAGGAGAGCGCAUCGACAGCCUCAGCGGACUCAAGUCCAGAGACCGCUCCUGGCUGGUGGGGUCACCUGAGAUCCUGCGUAAGCGUCUGUCCGUCUCGGAGUCGUCCCAUACUGAGAGUGACUCCAGCCCUCCUCUGGCGGUGCGUAGACGCUGCUGCUCCGCCAUCAUCGAGAUGCCACGCUUCGCCAUCUCCUCGGAGGAGGAAGGAGGGGUGGCCCCCAGUCGUAAGAGCCCCAGCCUGCUCAGCCAGACCCCCGGGGGAGUCAGGGGCCCCCGCAGUGAGGAGCUGCCCCUCUCCAUCCCAGAGCUCCCCAUAGAGAGAGAGCUGAAACUGGUCGAGUCCCCCACCACACCUGGGACCAUCACCAGCCAGCUCAGCAGAGCCACAGUCACACCGGGUAGUUCAGGAGAUGUGUGGGAGCGUGGUACAGUGUCGGGAGCUGACAGCUCUACCUCUACCCCUAAGGCCAUCAGUGACCUGGCAGUUCGGAGGGCCCGCCACAGACUGUUGUCUGGAGACACGGACAAACACACCCAGUCCAGACCCCUCAACAAGGUCAUCAAGUCUGCCUCCGCAACUACGCUCUCACUCAUGAUCCCUCCAGACCACCACGGAGCCUCCCCAUUGGCCAGCCCCAUGUCACCCCACUCCCUCUCCUCCAAUCCCUCAUCCAGAGACUCUUCCCCCAGUAGAGACCUUUCGCCGGCCGUAGCCAACAUCAAGCCCCCCAUCAUCAUCCACCGGGCGGGCAAGAAGUACGGCUUCACCCUCCGGGCCAUCAGGGUGUACAUGGGAGACACGGAUAUCUACACCGUACAUCACAUAGUCUGGCAUGUGGAGGAGGGUGGUCCUGCCCAUGAUGCAGGGCUGAGAGAAGGAGACCUCAUCACUCAUGUGAACGGGGAGGCUGUCCACGGCCUGGUCCACACUGAGGUGGUGGAGCUCAUCCUCAAGAGUGGUGGUAAGGUGUCCGUCUCAGCCACGCCUUUUGAGAACACCUCCAUCAAGGUAGGCCCCGCCCGCAAGACCAGCUCCAAAUCCAAGAUGGCGCGUCGCAACAAAAAGAUCAAGACCAAAGAUGGAGGCCAGGAAAGCAGCGGCAAGAAGAGGAACUCUCUGUUCAGGAAGAUCACUAAGCAGGCGUCUCUGCUCCACACCAGCCGUAGUCUAUCCUCUCUCAACCGCUCCCUGUCUUCUGGAGAGAGUGGACCAGGGUCUCCCACACACAACCUGUCCCCCAGGUCACCUACACCUGGCUACCGCUCCACGCCUGACUCUGCACACUCUGUAGGGGUAAACUCGUCUCAGAGCAGCUCUCCCAGCUCCAGUGUUCCUAACUCCCCAGCCAGCUCCGGUCACAUCCGGCCCAGCUCCCUCCAUGGCCUGGCCCCCAAGCUCCAGCGCCAGUACCGUUCCCCUCGACGCAAGUCAGCCGGCAACAUCCCCCUAUCCCCCCUGGCCCGUACCCCCUCCCCCACCCAGCAGAGCACCUCCCCCCAACGUUCUCCCUCCCCCUUGCCCAGCCAUGCUGCGGGCUCCUCCUCUAUGGGCCAGUCCUUCCCCGUGAAACUCCACUCCUCCCCUCCUCUGGUCAGGCAUAUCUCCAGGCCCAAGAGCACUGAACCCCCCCGCUCCCCACUCCUCAAACGAGUACAAUCCACCGAGAAGCUAGCCUCCUCCCUCUCCUCCUCCUCCUCUCCGUCUGCGUCGGGGGCCGGAGGUGACAAGAAGCUGCCUGUAGCGGUGACGGGACGUAAACACAGCCUGGACAUCUCCCACCAGGAGUUUAAGAAGGAGAUGCUUCAGAGAGACCCCAGUCUGCAGAGCCUGCAGGAGUCAGCUGGGGAGAGAGAGGGGGUGCUGGGGGUGGGGACAGGGGUGGGGGGUCGCGGGGGCCCCGUGGAGAAGGGCAGCCUGCAGAAACACUCCUCCUCCAGCAGGAAGCUGGGGCGUCAGGAGGGGGACGUCGGACCGGCAGCCGGGUCCCUGGGGCUGGCCCCCGGGAAGAGCAAGCUGAAGGACAAGCUGUCAGCCAUUAGACAGGACCGGGCUGAGAGGAGGGAGUCACUGCAGAAGCAGGAUGCUAUCCACGAGGUGGACUCUUCAGAGGACGAGACAGACGAGGGGUCGGAGGACAGCCAGGACGGGAGGGGCAGGAACACCUGUACUUUUACCCCCCCGCUACUCCGCCCCACCUCCGUCAUGGCCACCGCCCCCCGCACGGGACCCGGGGGCACCCUCCCCUCCCUGUGUCUGUCCCCCUCCUCCACCCUGCUGCCCAGCAGAGCCACCAUACCCUCCACACUCCCCGAACAUAAGCCCACUCAGAGUGCUCCUUCGCUGGGAGUGAAAGACAGCGGCUCAGCCUCCUCAGAUGACUGUGGGAGGAGAGAGGGGAAGGCUCCAGACCCCAGCUCCAAGUUCACCCAGAGCCCCCUGUCCAGCACCUUCGCCACACCCGGCAGUGCUUUCAUCUCCAUCAGUAAGGACACCUUCCUGAAGCCUGCUGCUCCAUCUUCACAUCAGGAAUGGAGGAGCCCCAAGCUACCUGAGCCCAGAGGGAAGAGCAGUAGUCCUGGGUUAUGGAGUGAGGAGAGAGACUCUGGCCUGGAGGCCCCCAGAUCCAGCCCCACUGGAUCCAUAGAUGGCAGAUACAUAGCCCACACACCCAUCUCCUCCCCAGGCAUCACCAAGGAGAAAAAGGAGGCAGACAACCGGAGGCAGGCUGCUGCUGCCGCCGCCGCUGCAGCCUACGCCACCCCAGCCUAUGCCAUCCCCAGCCCCCCAGCCCAAGUGUCAGGGUCAGAGAGUGGGAUGGACAAAGUUGUGUCCCAGCUAGCCACUGUGGCUAAGAGCUUCCUGGGGCCCGUCAAACUCACUAUCCCUGGGGCAAAGGAGGCCUUUGAGAGGGCCAAAGACCAGAACCAGAGACCCUCCGACCCCCUUCACCCCAAGGCCACACCCGACUCACCCCUUACCACUACCACCACCACACCCCUCUCCCCCUCCCCCUUUAGACACCCUGCUCCUCAGCCACCGCCACGCCUGUCCUCCCAGUCUUCUCCCCGGCAGCCCUCUUACAAAACUGAGCCAGCCCCCCCUCCCCCUCCACAGAGGAGGGCCUCCCCUCCUAAAGACUGUGCCCCGGGACCCCAGGACCACCCAGAGAGGCCGUUGAUGGGGUUACGAGGCAGUAGGGAGACUCCAGCCAUUACAGCUGUUUCUGCACCAAGGCAGGGGCCCACCAACACACCCACCCAGACCCCUACUGCAGCCUCAGAGCAGCGCAAGAGGCCAGACCCCGCGGUCCCACGGAGACCCAACCCUGCCUCCGCAGCCUCCACCCCACAGGACAAAACCAGCAGCAAGAAGACGUAGCAGAAAACAAGACUCAAGAAACACCCAUGACAAUACAGACUGCUGGCACGAGAUUUUAAUCUUAAUCCACAAACAACUGCAUGUUUGGGAGAAAAUAACAAUUUAUUCAAAACUCUUUGCAACACACAAAUCAUUGAGAGAGAGCGAGAGCGAGAAAGAGAGAGAUCUUUGCCCUGACUGUGUAUGUCCCAGAGGCAUCCAGGCUCGCUGUGCAUCUCUUGUUCUUCUUAUUCCCUGUUUUAUCAUUCAGACACGGAUUAAUGUUCCUGUGAAGUCAGUCUGUGUUUGUUUCCCCCUGCAAAGAAACAUGGGGGCUAGAAAUAAACCGUGUUAGUUCACUGAUCCACGGGGAAGGAUUAACAAACGCCCGCACGAAUGGUUUUUCUAGUAUCCUGCCUCGUUACCUUUCACCUUGUAGUUCCGGUAGUCUGACGUGCGUUCUUAGCUAGCCAAUAGAUCAGGUCGUGCCUUAUAAACAAAAUGGCAUCCCACCCCACCACUCCACCCUGCCCGUGUGUGUCUCCAGCCGUCCGUGACUGAAAAGGGUGUAUCUCAGCAAUACAAGUAGCGUAUGCUUCGCAAUCAGUAUAAAUACAUUACAGUCUGUUAAUGAAACAAUCUGCAUUGCUCACGUUUACACACUCAGCAGUUUACAAAAGGCAAAUUACAUUGUGUGUUAUUAUUAUUACUCCCUCAUGGUCUAACGCUGCACUCUGUCUCUCUAACAGUAUAAUACUGCAGACUGGCUAGAAAAGCCUCUAGUCCCUAUAUAACACACUAUUAAUUAAGCGGCUGUCAAUGUCUAUUAAAGCAGCGUUUUGUAUUGUAUAUCAUAGCGUUCCAUGGUAAACUCCUUCCCCAUCCGCUCCACUGGCCCUUCCAUGACUAGAUGGACCCGCCAGUGUACCGAAUAGAGCUCUAUGUGGGUGUGAGCAUGUGUUGUGGUAGCUAGGAUACCCGCCUAGCCAUUCACCUUGUAACUGCAUGAUAGCCUCAGCAAAUCUACACCCCUUACUCCAGGGACAUGUUUUUAAUGAUAAAGGAAUAAUAGGUGGUUCAUAUGACAGCUUUACAUAGGGUGGACUACAGGUGAGGUGGGGAGGGAGGUUCAGUGAUCCGGUCACAGACUGCCUGGGGACAACUGAUCAAUCUGGUCUUAGUCUGAUUUGAUCGCAUCUUGUUUGGUCAACUACACAGACAGACGCAGUGUUGAAAUACGAGUCAAGUGGUUAAGAUGAGGUACUGUAGAUCUUUUAAAGAGAUUUGGGUUUGUGUACCAGGCAGGAGCUCAAUUACCCAGACUCCUCGGUAACUGAGGCAGGAAGUCAGCUCACAGGUCUGUUUACAGGCCAGUCAAAAGUACUACAGUAGGCACACCAGCCAUCUAUAAACUAUAUUAUGACAACCAGUGGUUCUCCACAUCCAAAUGGACCAUUAUCUUUAUUUCUAGCCCCUGCGCACUCUGUUUUUAUCAGCCACUAAAGGUGUUGAUUUGACUUUGUAUCUGGACCAACUUGCUGUGUUCUCUGUGUUAUGCCUCUUAUCCUGUAAAGCUAGCAGACUUUACUUUCUAUAUGCGUGCAAGAGUAUGUAUUGUCGUUUGGCUGUCAGAUGUGUAUAUAUACGAAUAUUUAAAGGUCUGUUUUUGUGUGUGUUUUAGUUAGGGUAGACUUUGUUAGUUACCCCUGUUAGUACUGUCUGUCCCUGAUAGGCCUGAUGCUCGACUGAUGUCUCAGUUGGCCUAUAGGGUCGGGACGGGCCAGUAGGGGCGUGGGCUUUGCACAACCCUUUUAUCUCUGUCAAAUGGAAACGCCAACUAAAUAAAAGGGCCAAUCAGAUCCCUGGCUUUUAGGUCAGUCACGACAAUGUCGACCAAUCAGUGAGCUGAACAACCCUAUGUUCUUGUGUGCCACUGCUCUGUGUGUGAGUGUUCGUGAGUGUGUCUGUUAGUGUGUAUUCAUGGUGCAAAACUAUGGCCAUGUGACUACCUUCCUCAUUAAUCUAAAUUAUUUUGGUGUGCGAGUUCAAAUCUCCCUCUGUAUGUGUGUCAGUCCACAGUGUGUCCUGCGAAGUUUACGUUGCUGUUGGAGAUGUUGCAGAGAGCAGCUCUGGGAUGACUGAGGGUGAGACGGGACUAUAUCCGUCUGGUGUCCUAAUAGAUACUGAAGAGGUCUGUGUUGUCAAUACCUAACCCCAGACAGACAGACAACCCCGUUGACUGACUGACUGUGGCUUCCGAUCUGUGUAAUAUGUUUACAUGUUGUUCUAUCUUUCUCAUCCGGAAUCCUCUGUGCCACUUGCAAUCCACCCCUGUAGCAGAGAGUGAUCAUUAUCGAUGCCAACAGCUUUCCACAUGCUAAAGUUACCCCGGAUUAUAUCAGGGUGACUAGCUUGUCGUGGUCUUUACAUGCACAUUUUAAUGUAACCUAAUCACUGAUGUACCACAGACGAUGUUAAUGUGGAGGAACAGCACGUCAUGUUUAAGGUUGGGCCCUGGUCAAAAGUAGUGCACUAUAUGGGAAAUGGGGUGCCAUUUCGGCAACAUCCUAAAUCACCUGCAGUGCGAAUAGUUGUCUCCUCUAGUGCAGAAGGAUCGAGGUGAGAUAGGUAGAUUAGUUAGUCAGGUAUAAGCCUCACGGAGGCCUCACACCUGCUGUCAUUUGUCACAGGGACAUAUCGGCCAAGCUUAGCGCUAUUAUUUAACCACUUGCAUAUCACCCAGGCAUCCUCCCAUCUGGUAGGCUCUGCUGGUGGUCCUGUCGUUAUUGCUACACGGACAGCUGCUAUUCUCUCUGAUCAAUAUGAGUGCCAUCCUCCACCGCCCGGCACCAGCCUCACCAUCCCCUGACAGCAAACACUUAAUGUUGUAUCGCACACGCACACACACACACACACACACACAGUCCCAUGUGUGAUGAUGAUAGUCCAGCCAUCUGUCUGAAAGUCAAGUCAAGUGUCAGUUUCCCUGGUGGAGUCAUUAAUCUCUAGCCCGGGGCUGUGUGCUGUUCCCUGCUCCUAGCACACACACACACACACACACACACACAGCAAAUCCAGCCAAACAAAACACUACCUACGCCUAGCCUGGGACCGUCACCUCCGAUUUUCAGCCAGGCCUCCCCUUGAGCCUGAAGCCACGGUAACCACCCGCCAUAGGGGCACUCCCUCUCUCUGUUAACCCUGUGUGUAACCUCCACCCUGGACCUCCCAGUGUUUUAACCUCACUAGAUGUCUAAAGACUGAGAUCCAUCCAGGAUGUGUUUUUACUGUGUCCGCAGUGUGCAGAGUGUGGCAAAGCCCAUAGCAGUGUCAGGGCUGUCUACUGUCAGUGUGUAGAGACCAAUGCCACUCAACUGAACUGAAGGUAGAAAAUACAAUUGACUCUAUACUAUGGACUGGACUUCUGGGGGUUUUCGGCCAGUAUUUUAAUGGGUGUGUGCGAUCCUUUUGUGUGUACAGUGUGUUUGAAGCUGAAAAGUGUGAAGGAGAGGAGUGCGGUUCUGCCGGAGAAGGGUUCAAAAAAGAUUGCUAGAGUAAAGCCAGUGCAAUAUCUUUUUAUUUUCUGUUGUGGUAAACGCAUGUUGUUGUUAAUCCUACCUUAUCUUAAUAAUAAAGUUUUUUUUUAAUGUAA